CACUUGAACAGUGGCGUUGCUUCAGAUGAAGAGGAAAUUUCUUUGCUGAACGACGUUCAGAACGGUUGCGUCCGAGUUGUAGUAACUGCGGUGUUCUGGAGGAUCGCUUGCCCUACUUUUAUUUAGAUGGGCCGAGCAAGUGGAACGCAGGAGUAGUUCCAGGUCCAUAUUUGAUGUUAUUCCUGCUGCUAGUGACAAGUGCUGAAGGAAUUGCUUGCCAUUUGGGGGAAUUGAGAAGUGUUAAAAAGUGAUACGUCGAGUGCCGAGGUGUUAUCAAUUAUUGCGAUCCCUUGAUUGCCUAAGCAGAAGGAACAGUAGGACAGCUGCAGUGGAAGGACCAGAAUUCGAUUUUUUCCACUGGUCCCUUCAAGCCAAGUUAUGAACUUACGUUUUUCUCUCAGUCCCACACAAAUGCAGACUUUGUAGAGAAGAAAAAGGAAUCAAAAUAAAUCGGGUUGAACAUUUUCGGUGAGAGAGCCAAAUAAAGUGGAGUGGUGUUUUCUGGAGUAUGAACGAAGAAUAAUCAAGAAACGGUAGCCAAAUUGUACAAAUAAGAAAAAGGCAUUGCAUAAAACGAAAAAAAUCGGAAGCGCUAAGACCCGUGCCUAUUUAAACAAAUACGCAAGCAAAAAGUGAGAUAUUCCAUUAAUAUAAAUAGAACCAAGCAGCGCCAAAGUUCAAAAUUUUGAAAGCAUUUAAUCCAAAUUGGCUCAAGUAUAGCAAAUUAAAAAUUGGUUGCUUCUUCCUUAAAAAUGAGAUCUUUGUAGCUUUCGCACCGCGCAGAGGCCGAGCAUCUUCCCAUUGGCAGUCUCCAGCUAAAAGUCAUCCCCAAACAGUCUUGAAGGAUGAUAAUUUAAUGAAUCUGUUAUCUAAUUUAAACUCUUGUUAUUUGUUAUUAUCGCUUCCAAUGUUCUUUGUGUGAAUUUGUGUCGAUGUUGACCAUGUCGAUGCUUGGUGUGCUAUUUCGUCCGUUCGGUUAAAGUGCGAAGACUAAAGUUCAACAACGACGACGACGACGAAUACAAGGAAGAUUCAUUGAUCCCAGCGAAAGCACCGCUGCUGCGCCAGCCAAUUCAACGUAGAAACCCCGCCGAGCUUGUGGAUUACCGUCACGGUCAAAACGCGGUCGCGUCUGCCGUUGCAGCCAUCGGUCAGCUGUUUGGUGAUUGUGUGAACAAAAUUUUCAUCACAGUGACUGCAAUUCUUAUCGGAUUAUUUAUUGAGCUACGAAACUGCCUCGCUUCCAUGAGCACUCCAGGCGAUGCGUCGGCAUCCGGGGGAGGACCUGACAGACCGUGUGGAAUCACAUCGUUGCUACCGAUCGGCAUGUCUUGCCGAGGUCGAGCCGAAGAAUUUGCUCGUAAUCUCCAAUCGCGCCUACGAACCCUCGGUGCACAGCAGUAUCACUAACCACCGGUUCCAAAAAGGCAAUGCCGACGAGGACGUCCUCCCAACCACAGACCACAGCGAAAACACAUGGCUUUCACAGGAGGAGGCAGCGAUAACCAUGCUGCAGCCGUUGCGCAUGACUUCAAACGAAGCCGAUUCAUUCUUUGAUUUUGGAGUGGAGAUCGAAAGUCCCGGCUCGCCGGUGGACGAAUGCGAAUACACCCGCCUCAUCGAAACGACAUCAGUGACUCCGGCUGAAGUAGCACCUGAAUCCGGCUACGUAUGCUCUUCACCCUGUUCAACUACCACACGCGCAACCAGCCACGAAAAUAGCUCCUCAAGUCAAGCAUCGUCUGAUUGUCAGUUUUACGAUCCGGAUAUGUCCGACUCAGAUGCACAAAAAUCGUCCGUUGGCUGCACUACCUACUAUGAUUGUACAACCUCAGAUCAUUAUACAACGUCGUCAUCUUCGCCAAGGAUUGCCGCCACAUCUCGCUCGCAAUACAAAAAAUCUACCUCAGCAAAAUCCGCAACCGUGCCAGAAACGGCGGAUACAUCGACAGCGAGAAGCCAAUCUCAAAACGGUCACCUGCCCAGUGGAAUUCCGAUAGUAACCGCCGACAGCGAUAGCUGCUCGGAAUCAUUGCCACCCUCACAAUCUACCGAUACGCACGAUUCUACCUUCACCGGAUUGAGUUCGAACAACUCGAACAGUACACUGCAGGACGUCACGAUGGAUGGCGAGGAGGUGGUUACAGUUGUGAGGACCAGUACCAACUCGAAAGUAGAAGUUCCGAAUGGCGACUGCAGUGAACAGCCACAGGAUGAAACAGACGAUGGGAAAGUAUUAUCCAACGGAAGUGCCAUAAUGCCAAAGGAAAUGCAAGUCGCAACGAUUGAUCUUAGUCAAACGUGCCAGAUCGAUUUGAUGAAACUUAUCAACGGAGAGGCAGAAGACGAACCUGAAGAUGAGGAACAACAUCUGAGUCCCCGUGUGGAGAUGGCAGAAGUUGAGAAGAUGCUUCAGGAUUGCAGUGUUGUGGAAGAAGAAGAAGAAGUAGAAGAAAAGGAAAAUAGAAGGGAAGGUGUGUCUUCCGGGGAUGACGAAGAUGAAUAUUUCAGCCGCCCACAGCGUGUUCGAAGGUGCUCUUCUUUGAAGACAGGAAAAACUCCUCCUGGUACCCCGGGACGGAAAAAGAUUGUACGAUUCGCGGACGUCCUCGGGCUUGAUUUAGCCGAUGUAAAAACGUUCGUGGAUGAAGUUCCCAAAGUGCCCAAAUCAGCAUACGAAGACCUCGAAUUUACCCUGGAACCGCCGGUGCAACAGAUCAGUUUAGGACCACGGGCGGAUCGAGUAUUAGUACCACUGUUCCAACAGCCAGGUGCGUUACCCUGCUUCAUGGACCUAGUUCGUGAAAAGCAGGUCAACCUGGAAAAUGCAGCCGUAACCGAUCCAAUCACUCUCACCAUCACCGGAACAGUCCGUGUACGGAAUCUCGACUUCCACAAAUCGGUCUACGUACGUUAUACCAUCGAUAAUUGGCGAAGUUUCGCAGACCUGCAGGCUUCCUAUGUCCCUAACUCCUGCGAUGGGUUUUCCGACAAGUUCGCAUUCACUAUCUACGGCCACUCGGUGCAGAUAGGGCAGCGCAUCGAAAUGGCGGUGCGUUUCCACUGCCGGGGCCAGCAGUUUUGGGAUAGUAACUACAACACAAACUACGUUUUCCAGUGUUUGCCAAUCUCGCAGCCGAAUCAUAUCGGCAAUACGGCGGUUAAACCGGCCAACUUGGAGUCGAUGAUCAGUCCAGAAGACAUCUGGUGCAAAAAUUUCUACUAGGUAGUAAAACCACUGGAAAGACUCUACCCGCCCACAAUCUUUUACACAAUACCUAAUACUACAAUAGUAGAACGAAGCUAGUUUAUGAGCAAGGAAUGAGUGUGUGUAGUGUCGCGUUUUCCAGAACUGAAAUCACAACCUAUACCAUUGGACGUUGCAUGUCGAGCAGCUGGGAUUUUACAGUAAUGGACGCAGUUCACAAAUGUGUCGAGCAAAGGUUUAGCAUGUAGUAUUAUAUGUUUGGUGAUCAUUAGCCCUCUAUUUAUUUCGUUAAUUUUCGUAAACCGGUUCUUCCUAAGUGCAAAAGUCUAUUUUUGUUAUCAAAUUUUGUUAUUGUUGCCGACAUUUUUUGAAUAAAAGUAAAUUGUUUUUUUUUUUAAAUUUCGACAAGCGAAGGACGUUCUAAUCAUACCUACUCCAUGAUCCGUGGACAGUUUUUUUUAUAAGAUAACCAAAUUUUCAAGGACUGAGUAUCGAAAUUAGCCUAGUAGAACAGUCAACCAUGUUGUAAUCUAAAAUGAGCAUGUCAUUCUAAUAAUCAUACAUCUAAUUAAUUUUAACAUCAAAAAACUUGAAUUGAGUAAAACGUGAAGAAAAUCACACACUACUAUCAAGUCCUAUAUAGUAUGUGUGUGAGCCACAUAAACUAAUUAUACUGAUAAUAGAACCGAUAACAAUGAAAGUAAAUCAGUUGACCUAUUUUUAUACAGGAAGUGAAGUUAUCAAUGUCUCGCACCUUUAAUUAAAGCAAUGAAAACCUCUGACGGUACAGUUCAGUACAAAAGAAAUAUAAUCAGAUGAAACUAGUGUAUGAGUAUAACAAAUUAGGGUGAUUUACUUCCAGAGCUAAGAUCUGACGUUUCCAAAUAUUGCAGAAUACUUUUUGCAAAAUUCAAAACUGAUGCAGCAGCCUAUAUUCGUAGAUCUGAUAUGCUCCUACGAGUACAGUACCCAUGAUCGCUAGUUUCUUUCUUAUGAAUGGAAUACUCGCGCUUGAUUUUGGAUAAUUUUUACGUGUUUAGGGCUAGCAACUAAUAUUGUUCAACCUGCUGGGCGAAACGUAACGAUUAACAAAUUACCCUAUAGUUAUUUGGCGUUAUUUUAUGCUGAACAUGUGAAAAAAUAGAUCAUUAUCUGUUGAGCAGAGCUGAAGAGUCACUCCUAGCGUAGCGAUUUAUGUAGAAACUGAAGGUUACGCUGUAUAAGGAACAAAAGUAACGAAUCACAAGGGUAAGAAGCAGCUUACAUGAAACAUGCAAAACCCGAAUUGGUGUCUUAUGAAAGAGGAAGAAUAUUAAGAGAAACUAAUCUAGUUGAACUAAGAUUAUGAACCCAUGUAUAAUGAAACAAAAAUUUUAUCCAAAGAUUAAAUAAUAAAGUACUGUUUAACAAA